UAAAUUCUAAUGUACAAGUUGAAAGUAAAUUAUCAAAGUUUGGACAUAAACAUUUGAUCAAUUUCAAUCACAAUUUGUUAAAAAAUCUUUUUUUCGAAUGAUUUCCAAUUUUCUUUGCUGAAACAUAAAUUAAAGCAAAGGAAUUCGGAGAUUUCAAAGUUCUUCACAAAAAAACUUAGUUAAUUGUCUCACAAAAAUGUAUGCAUCUCGAGCACAAGCAGUACGUGUUAAAGUAACAUUGAACGAAAAUGGUCUUGCGGAAGAGUUCAGGAAGUUUAGCGUCGAUCCACAAAUUACUUCGUUGGAAACACUCUACUCGAUUUUAGCAAAAGCAUUUGAUUUGAAAACCGAUUUUGGAAUAUCUUAUAGAACUAUUAACCCAAAUACAAAGACUGAUGAGCAACUAAUAAUUUUCAGUGAUUGGGAUCUUGAUGCCGCAUUUUUAAGAGCUCGAAAUACAGCGAUUGCAAACAAUUCAGAGCCUACACUUAAUCUUCAAAUAGAUGUGAAACCUUUUAAUCAACCAUCAACUGAUUGGGAUGCCAACGGAUCAUCAUCAUCAGCUCUUACAGUCAUGAGUAGUAAUUUUCAGCAAUCAAUUGGUGCAGGACAAAAAUAUGUCCAAAAUAAACUGCCUGGACUUAUUAUGAAUCAAAUGGAAAAGAUUUCAAGAGUUUUAAACUUUGUUGAUGAUCCAUCUUUACAAGAGUCACAAAGACGUCCUUUGUCAGACAGUGAAUUUCGUUAUUAUUGUGAUUCAGUUGGCCAAAUCAUUCAUCAAAUGGAACUACGUAAAGUAAUUUUUAUGGGAGGAAUCGAUCCAAGUUUAAGAAGAGUUGUUUGGAAACACAUUUUAAAUGUUUACCCAUCUGGGUUGACAGGAAAAGAAAGAAUGGAUUACAUUAAGAAGAAAUCUGCUGAAUAUUAUAAAUUAAGAGAUGUUUGGCAAACAGCAGUCAAGGAUAAGGGAACAACAGUUAGAGGCGAAUUAUCUUAUGUCACCAGCAUGGUUCGAAAGGAUGUUCUUCGAACAGACAGACAUCACGGAUUUUACGCUGGUCAUGACGAUAAUAAAAACAUCGCAGCUUUAUUCAACAUUCUCACAACAUUUGCGCUUAAUCAUCCUUCUGUUAGUUAUUGCCAAGGUAUGAGUGACAUGGCCAGUCCACUAUUAGUCACAAUGGAUGAUGAAGCUCAAGCUUACAUUUGCUUUUGUGCUUUGAUGUCUCGAAUCAAAUGCAAUUUUAUGAUUGACGGGAUUGCAAUGACAAAGAAGUUUGCACAUUUAUCGGAGUCACUUCAAUAUUAUGAUAACGACUUCUAUAAUUAUCUUAAACAUCAUCAAGCUGAUGAUUUGCUUUUCUGUUAUCGUUGGUUGCUUUUAGAAAUGAAACGUGAAUUUGCCUUUGAAGAUUCAUUAAGAAUGAUGGAAAUUAUGUGGUCAUCGUUGCCAAUUAAUGCUCCAGAAAAAGAAUUGAAACUUUUUGAGAAAGAAUUUGAAGCUGUUCAAGCGGAAGUUCCUGCCGUCAUAAGUCCCGCAAUUCUUAACAAUGAAAGUCCAUACACGACAGUUUGCGCUAUUCGAAGACAAAACUCAGGAAAUUCUGUCAAACUUGGAGUUACUAAACGAUUAAAUCACAGUCUUGAUGAUACUAACAUCGGAAGCCACAGAAAGAAUCGCACAUUGAGUCACAAAAGUUUAGAUGAAACAAAACUUCAAAAACUUCAUUCAGAAUCGAAAAGUGAAGAGAAAUUGUCAACUUGCGAUGACGUCAAAAGCAAGUCUGAAUCAACUGAUGAUAUUUCUGAAGAGAAAAAUCCGUUUCUUUAUUCUGAUAGAUGGAACUACGUAAAGUAAUUUUUAUGGGAGGAAUCGAUCCAAGUUUAAGAAGAGUUGUUUGGAAACACAUUUUAAAUGUUUACCCAUCUGGGUUGACAGGAAAAGAAAGAAUGGAUUACAUUAAGAAGAAAUCUGCUGAAUAUUAUAAAUUAAGAGAUGUUUGGCAAACAGCAGUCAAGGAUAAGGGAACAACAGUUAGAGGCGAAUUAUCUUAUGUCACCAGCAUGGUUCGAAAGGAUGUUCUUCGAACAGACAGACAUCACGGAUUUUACGCUGGUCAUGACGAUAAUAAAAACAUCGCAGCUUUAUUCAACAUUCUCACAACAUUUGCGCUUAAUCAUCCUUCUGUUAGUUAUUGCCAAGGUAUGAGUGACAUGGCCAGUCCACUAUUAGUCACAAUGGAUGAUGAAGCUCAAGCUUACAUUUGCUUUUGUGCUUUGAUGUCUCGAAUCAAAUGCAAUUUUAUGAUUGACGGGAUUGCAAUGACAAAGAAGUUUGCACAUUUAUCGGAGUCACUUCAAUAUUAUGAUAACGACUUCUAUAAUUAUCUUAAACAUCAUCAAGCUGAUGAUUUGCUUUUCUGUUAUCGUUGGUUGCUUUUAGAAAUGAAACGUGAAUUUGCCUUUGAAGAUUCAUUAAGGAUGAUGGAAAUUAUGUGGUCAUCGUUGCCAAUUGAUGCUCCAGAAAAAGAAUUGAAACUUUUUGAGAAAGAAUUUGAAGCUGUUCAAGCGGAAGUUCCUGCCGUCAUAAGUCCCGCACUUCUUAACAAUGAAAGUCCAUACACGACAGUUUGCGCUAUUCGAAGACAAAACUCAGGAAAUUCUGUCAAACUUGGAGUUACUAAACGAUUAAAUCACAGUCUUGAUGAUACUAACAUCGGAAGCCACAGAAAGAAUCGCACAUUGAGUCACAAAAGUUUAGAUGAAACAAAACUUCAAAAACUUCAUUCAGAAUCGAAAAGUGAAGAGAAAUUGUCAACUUGCGAUGACGUCAAAAGCAAGUCUGAAUCAACUGAUGAUAUUUCUGAAGAGAAAAAUCCGUUUCUUUAUUCUGAUAGUUCAGAAGCUGAUCUUCCGACAGGUUCUGAUAAUUCAACUGAAAUGAAAGCUAUAAUUAAGAGAAAUUCCAUCACCGAUGCGUUGUCAGAAUUAAAAAAGAAUCUCAUGUCAAGUAAAAUCGGAAUAAUUAAAACAAUUGAGAAACUUGAAGAAGAUUACGAUCCUGCUAAUGUUCCACCAGCAAAUGUUAAGCUUGUUAAAAAUUUCAAUGAAUUUCUUAACUUCGCAAGGAGUAAAAGUAGCGACAACAGCGAUCAGUUAACAGUUGGUGAAAAUUCACGUGAAGCAAUGAGUGAGAUAAAGGCUGAAAAAACUAGCAAUGUAGAAGAAGAAAUGCCAACGCCAAACAUAGCGACAAUCGAUGAUGGAAAUUCAAAUCUUUUUGAUGUAGCAAAUAACACAAAAAAUGAAGUUUUCAUCUGGAAAAAUCCACUCCAUACGUCAUCAGAUUUUCUUGAAGCUAAUGUUGUUGAUGAAAUAUCACCAGAUCUAGAACCAGCAACAACGCCUGAUGAACAAAUUGAUAUUGAACAUGAUCACGAGAAAUUACCGUCAAAAGAUUGUCAAACAACUGCAAAUGAUUCGGAAUCUGAUUCAGAAGAAAGAAAUUGGGAAUGGAAUAUGAGAUUAAACAACACAAAUCCAUUUUUCGAGCAGAUUAAACAAUUAAAUGCAAAAGAAGAGGAAGAAGAGAAUGAUGAAUCUAAAGACUCGAAAGAACAAAAGAUGUCAAUGAUAAAUUCCUGUGAAGAAGCUUCAGAAGUUACAACUUUAAAUGCUCAAAGUGGGGCAGUGAUAACACCACAAAAUAAAAUUAAUUCACAACUUCAAUUGCCACCUCCUUCUGAAUUCGGAAAUGGCAAUCCAUUUCUUAUGUUCCUUUGUUUAACAUUAAUGCUUCAACAUCGCGAUUAUAUUAUGCGAAGUGGAAUGGAUUACAACGAAAUGGCAAUGCACUUUGAUAAGAUGGUUCGCAAACAUAAUGUCACAAAAGUUCUUGGCCAAGCGAGAAGGCUUUAUCAGGAUUAUUUAAGAAUUCAAAAUAGUCAUAAAGUUACAAGUAAUAAUGUUUAGAAUAUCCUGAUUAUCAUUGCAAGUAUUUUUAAAAUUCUAAAUAAUUCAAUUAAGUAUGCAAAGGUUAAUUUUUCUUCAAGAAACUUCACCUUGGCUAUGUUAAAUAUUUAUUGUGAUAAUUUUAUUAAAAUGAAACACUCUCCGUUCUGUUAUUUUAUUAAAGCAUUCCAUAUUAAGGAAACUUAUAAAAAUAUUUUACUUACACUUUCGAGAGAUUAAGGAGCAUUUGAAUAAUAUAUAGUUUUACUUAGAAAUUCAUUUCUUAUUUAUUUUUAAUAAACACUCAAUGCUACAAUGGAAAAUAA